AUGGGAAACAAGCUCUCUCGAGGUGCUAAAAAAUCAAAACCACAAGACGAGGUGACAUCAAAAUCUCGAGACGAGUUGCUCUCUGAUGCCUGUGAAGGCGAUAUCAUUGUCCUUGUCAUGGGUACAACAGGUGCUGGAAGGAGCACGCUCAUCAAUUCUUAUCUGAACCGAGAUGUGGCACAAGUUGGCAAUAGCCUCAGGUCAUGCACUUUAGCUCUCAAACCUUUCCCCAUUCCCUGUCCGCAAGAUAUUAGGAGAUGGCUUGUCCUUGUUGAUACCCUGGGCUUCAACAGUUCCGAUCAUGAUGAUACAGAGAUCCUGCGACGUAUGGUUGCAUGGCUAAAAUCUUCCUCUCAUCCCGGAGAGACUUGCGACUACAAAAUCUGA